AUCCUCCGAUUCUCUCUUUCUUCACCUUUCACUGUUAUUUCUUUUUUCUCUCUCUCCUCUGUCUCCCCGCCGGAGCCAACUUUGGUCGCCGGAAUUACCCUUUGGAAACUGCUUCGCGGCGAACCACCGGGAUCCCUUUAAGAAAUCUAUUAAACCGGCUCGAAAGGCCAGUUUUGUUUUCCCGGUUCAAGCAGCUAGGUUUGGUCUUUGACUUGGUACCGGGAGUGGAGUUUCGGGGAUUUUGAGUUCUGUGAAGAAGAGAGGAUCCAGGAAGGUUCUAGAGCGAGAAUAAAAAGUGGGUUUGGAGUUUUUUCUAGAGAGAGAGAGAUUUUGGUUUGAUGUGAAGGGUGAAUGGUUUUGAAGCGAAGAAGAGGUUGGAGUUUUCUAUGAUGACCGGAGCUCUUUCGAGUGAUCGGAGAGGGUGGUGGCGCGUCGGUGAAUCUCUCACAUGGAAUGGCAGAUCUUGCUAACUACGGGAAUGCCAACCGUGACAUUGAACAAGCAUUGAUUGCUUUGAAAAAGGGUGCCCAACUUCUUAAAUAUGGUCGCAAAGGAAAGCCCAAGUUUUGUCCAUUUAGACUUUCCAGUGACGAAUCAUCUUUAAUCUGGAUUACAAGUAGCGGAGAAAGAAAUUUGAAGUUAUCUUCUGUCUCUAGAAUUAUUCCUGGACAAAGAACUGCUGUUUUCCAACGUUACUUGCGCCCUGAGAAGGACUAUUUGUCCUUUUCACUCAUUUAUGGUAACGGAAAGCGGUCGCUUGAUUUGAUUUGUAAAGAUAAAGCCGAGGCAGAAGUGUGGAUUGCUGGCCUCAAAGGACUGAUAUCUUCUGGUCAAGGUGGCCGGUCUAAAAUUGAUGGAUGGAGUGACGGUGGUCUCAUUCUUGAUGAUAACAGAGACUUAAAAUCAAAAAGUCCAAGUGAAAGUUCUGCUAGCACUUCACGAGGCAUCAGUUCUCCUGACAUUUCUGUGAGUCUUCCAAAUACUUCACCAAAGUCUUUUCAACCCGACAAUACAAUCUCUGAAAGGUCACAUGCACCACCAGACCCAACAAACAUGCAAGUGAAAGGAUCUGGUUCAGAUGCUUUUCGUGUCAGUGUUUCAAGUGCCCCUAGUACUUCGAGUCAUGGAUCUGCACCAGAUGACUAUGAUGCUCUGGGGGAUGUAUACAUAUGGGGCGAGGUUAUCUGUGAUCAUGUUAAAAUUGGUGCUGAUAAAAAUGUCAAUUAUUUCAGCCCAAGGACAGAUGUACUUCUCCCUAGACCACUGGAAGCAAAUGUAGUUUUAGAUGUGCAUCAUAUAGCAUGUGGUGUUAGACAUGCUUCUCUAGUCACUCGGCAAGGUGAAGUUUUUACAUGGGGCGAAGAAUCAGGAGGACGCCUUGGCCAUGGUGUUGGGAAGAAUUUGGUUCAACCUCGUCUAGUUGAAGCAUUGACUUCUACAACUAUUGAUUUUGUUGCCUGUGGAGAGUUCCAUUCAUGUGCUGUUACAAUGGCUGGGGAACUUUACACAUGGGGUGAUGGUACUCAUAAUGCAGGGCUUCUUGGUCAUGGAAGUGAUGUCAGCCAUUGGAUACCAAAGAGAAUUGCCAAUUCAUUAGAGGGACUUCAAAUUGCAUAUGUUGCUUGUGGUCCAUGGCACACAGCCUUGAUAACUUCAACAGGGCAGCUGUUUACAUUUGGUGAUGGAACAUUUGGUGUCCUGGGCCAUGGAAAUAGGGAAAAUGUUUCAUAUCCUAAAGAAGUGGACUCCUUGUCUGGAUUGAGGACAAUAUCUGUAGCAUGUGGAGUGUGGCAUACUGCAGCUGUUGUGGAGGUUAUGGCAACACACUCCAGUACAAGUGUUUCAUCAGGUAAAUUGUUUACUUGGGGUGAUGGAGACAAAAAUCGCCUCGGACAUGGGGACAAGGAGGCACGCCUUAAACCAACUUGUGUGCCUGCGCUUAUUGAUUACAAUUUUCAUAAAAUUGCUUGUGGGCACAGUUUGACAGCAGGCCUGACAACAUCUGGACGUGUUUUUACGAUGGGAAGUACUGUUUAUGGUCAACUUGGGAAUCCCCAGUCUGAUGGCAAGCUUCCAUGCUUGGUUGGAGACAAGAUUGCUGGUGAAUGUGUUGAAGAAAUUGCAUGUGGUGCAUAUCAUGUAGCUGUAUUAACAUCCAAAAAUGAAGUUUAUACUUGGGGGAAAGGUGCAAAUGGGAGAUUGGGUCAUGGAGAUAUUGAAGAUCGAAAAACACCAGCUUUGAUUGAAGCAUUGAAGGAUAGACAUGUGAAAUAUAUAGCUUGUGGUUCAAACUACUCCGCUGCCAUAUGUCUUCAUAAGUGGGUAUCUGGUGCCGAGCAGUCUCAGUGCUCUACUUGUAGACAGGCAUUUGGCUUUACUAGAAAGAGGCAUAAUUGUUAUAACUGUGGACUUGUCCACUGCCAUUCUUGCAGUUCAAGGAAAGCAUUAAGAGCAGCAUUGGCUCCUAAUCCCGGCAAGCCAUAUCGUGUGUGUGAUUCUUGUUAUGCAAAGUUGAACAAGGUUGCUGAAGCUAGCAAUAGUAAUAGAAGGAAUGCCUUGCCUCGUUUGUCAGGUGAAAACAAGGAUAGGCUAGACAAAUCUGACCUAAGGUUAUCCAAGGCAAUAAUUCCUUCUAAUGUUGAUUUGAUAAAACAACUAGAUAACAAGGCAGCCAAACAAGGAAAGAAAAAUGAUACAUUCUCACUGGUACGCACCUCACAACCACCUUCUCUGCUACAGCUGAAAGAUGUUGUCAUGUCCACUGCUCUUGAUCUGAGACGAACAGUUCCAAGACCGGUUGUUGCACCAUCAGGAGUAAGUUCCAGAUCUGUGUCACCUUUCUCUAGAAGACCUAGCCCCCCUCGCUCGGCUACUCCAAUUCCAACAACUUCAGGGCUUUCCUUCUCGAAAAGUAUUUCUGAUAGUUUGAAGAAGACAAAUGAACUUUUAAAUCAAGAAGUUCAGAAGUUACAUACUCAGGUUGAGGGCCUGAGACAGAGAUGUGAACUGCAAGAAUUAGAGCUUCAAAGGUCAGCAAAAAAGACUGAAGAAGCUAUGUCACUGGCUGCUGAGGAAUCUGCAAAAUGUAAAGCUGCAAAAGAAGUUAUAAAGUCACUCACAGCACAGCUCAAAGAUCUAGCUGAGAAGCUUCCUCCUGGAGUUUAUGCUACUGAGAACAUAAGACCAGCUUACCUACCAAAUGGUCUUGAGCCAAAUGGCAUCCACUAUCCAGAUUCAAAUGGGGAGCAGCAGCACUCCGGAGCAGAGUCAAUCAGUGGCUCUAGUUUGGCUUCCAUGGGACUUGAAUCCUCUCUACUGAAUAGAACUGCGCGGAAUUCUCCAGGAACUAAUGGAACUAGUCUACACCAGCAAAUCCGGAGCCCUGUGAUCUCUAAUGGGACCAAUAAUUAUCCAGAUGUUAAAUUGCCAAAUGGUAGUGGUGUAAUUCAGGCAGGCAGUGGUAGCACAGUUGAUGAUGGUAGGGAUUCUGGGAAUUUUCACAAUGACGAGAGUGGUCUGAAAUCAAGGAAUGCUGUACCUGCUGCUAAUACUAAUCAAAUUGAGGCAGAAUGGAUUGAACAGUAUGAACCUGGUGUCUACAUAACACUUGUGGCAUUGCGUGAUGGAACGAGAGAUCUGAAGCGAGUUCGCUUCAGCCGAAGGAGAUUUGGAGAGCACCAAGCAGAAACCUGGUGGUCGGAGAACCGGGACAAGGUAUAUGAAAGAUACAAUGUUCGCAGUGCCGACAAAUCUACCGGCCAGGCGGCACGAAGUUCGGAAGGGGCUGGUUCACCUGUUUCCCAAACUUAGGAGUAGGGAGAGGGAAGCCCUCCAUUAACAUUUUGUCACACUGAACAACACUGUAGGGAAGGAAGAAUGCAUUUGAGGAAUCCUUGUUUGUUGGUGGUUCUUAUGUCUAUCCAUAAUUCUUUUCUCAGUCUUCUUUUACCCCUUGCCUCAUUUCCUCUUUAAACUAAUUGUCUUCCAUUUAAUCUGGGAAGAUGCCCUUUACAUGUUGUAGUGUAGUGUAUAUAAAAUCACCAGUUCUGAUCAUUUUGACCAAGGAACUACCCUUACCCAUUUAUUCUUCCAUUUUCUUGAUCUCAUUUGUUCCAUCACACCUUUGUACAUGGUGACACUUGCAAUUUCAUUCAUUCAAUUUUUUUCUA